AUGUCGUUAAAACACAAAAUCGAUAUUGUCAAACGUCUCCAUGCCGACUCGAAAUAUUAUGAGAUCGAGCUGCAAAAUCAGCAAAGACGAAUCGACAAAUAUAUUGAAGAGAAUAGGGACGAGUAUGACAUUAAAAAACAAAAAGAAGUAUUAGAGGAAACACAGAAGAUGAUACCUGACUGUAAGAACAGGUUGCAAAAAGCAUGCCAAGAAUUACAAGAUUAUAUGGACAUGAACCCAGCAUUGAAGGGUACUGCUGAAUACACAACAGCAGAGAAUAUACUAAAGAACCUUAAGUAA